UCAAUGGCUCACUAUUCACCCACCAUGGACGACGAAACCUACUUCCCUGACACCGAUCUCGACCUCAGCUUCACCUCCACCGCCACCGACCGCACCUUCGGCUCCUCCAGCGCCCGCUCCAGCCUCGCCCGUUCCAGCCUCACUCUCAGCUUCAAUGAAUCCAUUCUUUCCUCCACCACCUCAACGCCUUCAAACACCAACAACGCUACAAGCACAACCGUUAGUCGUAAAUGGGAUCCUCAUUGGUCGGCGAUUAAGGCCGCCACGACGCUCUCCUCCUACGGAAAGCUCCACCUCAAACAUCUCAAACUCGUGCGCCACCUCGGCACGGGGAAUCUUGGGAGAGUGUUCCUCUGCCACCUCAGAGACUGCAGCUCCGCCGCCUUCGCCCUCAAAGUCAUCGAUAAAGACUCACUCAGCUCCAAGAAACUCUCUCAUGUUCAAAUGGAGGCCGAGAUUCUCUCCAUGCUCGACCACCCGUUUCUCCCUACACUCUACGCCCACCUCGAAGUCUCUCAUUACACGUGUCUAUUAAUUGACUACUGUCCAAACGGCGACCUCCACUCGCUCCUCCGCAAGCAGCCUCGCAACCGCUUCUCGAUCCAGGCCGUCAAAUUCUUCGCCGCCGAAACGCUCGUCGCUUUGGAAUAUCUCCACGCUCUCGGCGUCGUUUAUCGUGAUCUGAAACCGGAGAACAUUCUUCUACGUGAGGAUGGACACAUCAUGUUAUCAGAUUUCGAUUUGUGUUUCAAAGCCGACGUGGUCCCCACUAUUCAAAACCGGGUUCAUCGGGUUGGUGAUAAGUUCCGACGCAGAAAGAACGGGUGCAAUUGUUUCGGCUUGGUAGCGAACCGCUGCGAAACAGAGGAGAUGGAGGCGGAGUUCGUGGCGGAGCCGGUGACGGCGUUUUCAAAAUCUUGUGUUGGUACGCAUGAGUAUUUAGCGCCGGAGUUGGUUUCUGGUAACGGUCACGGCAACGGAGUUGAUUGGUGGGCUUUCGGGAUUUUACUACACGAGUUGUUGUACGGUGCAACGCCGUUUAAGGGAGGGAGCAAAGAGUGCACGCUGCGUAAUAUAGCGUCGAUCAGACAGGUGAAAAUCCACGUGGAGGAAAACGAAGAGGAAGGAGUGCCGGAAGCGCGAGAUUUGAUUGAGAAAUUGUUAGUGAAAGACCCACGGAGGAGGCUAGGAUGCGCCAGGGGUGCAACGGAUAUUAAACGUCACCCCUUUUUUGACGGGGUUAAGUGGCCGUUAAUAAGGAACUACAAGCCGCCGGAAGUACGAGGGCUCGUGAGAAGAACAAGGUCGCACGUGAGCGGCAUGGUGAAUGUUUCCCACAAGAACAGGCGAUGCUGGUGGAAGAAAAUUUCGUUUUUAAGGAAGAAAAAUAAUAUGGGGUUUAAUAGUAAUUUAUUUAAUUUAAAUUGUCAUCAAAAUAAUAGUAAUUACUAUAAAUACUCCUAUGUUAAUAACAGUAAUAAAGAAGGGAAAUUAUAUUAGUUUUUUUAUUUUUUUGUUAAUUAGGUCGGAAUAUUUAGUGAGGAGUUUUAGAGAGUAAAGAAGAUGGAGGUUUUUAUUUUUUAUUUUAUUUUACAUGGAUGUGAGUUUUUGUAUAUUAAUCAAAAAUACAUAAUGAAGAUUCAUCUU